UUAAUCUUAAAAUUUUUUUUCAGAAAAACAAAAUGGUGGUCAGAUAUAGAGAUAUUCUAGAACUGUUGACAGUGCUAAGUGAUGAAAAAGGGAUCCAGGUCACUCUGAGACAGUCCCUGAAGGGAGGCCUGAUAACUGGUAGUAUUGCCAGUAUCUGUGCAUUUAUCCUCGGCCCUGCAGGACUAGCCGUUGGAGGAGCUGUCGGUGGGGUUAUUGCUGCCUAUACUGCUGAUACAUUCCGUCCUGUCUCACAGGUUAUGCAAGAGAUGACGUACAGUGACCAGGAGAGACUGGCGCUAGCAGUCAGAAGCAUAAUUUCUAAUCUGGAUGCUGGGGAUGCCCUGGAGCUUAUUGCUCUAGUUCAAGGAAACGAACUCUUAAAGGCGAGAGUAAUGGGCGAGAUGCUAAGUUUCCUGCGGAGUCAGAUGAACUUCAAUAUUCCAAACGAUUUUUAAUUUGUAUAAAUUUCAAGUGACCCUCCAUUUUUUAUGGCAUGCCCGAUUUACAAAGUUACCAUUAAAAGCUGGGUCUGGUAAAGAAUGAGAUAUCCAUGAUUUAUCGUUAAAAAUUGCUAUUUUUAUUCUAGUUUUAAUAGAUUUAAAGGAACUUGCGGAUUUCUUGACAAUGACGAAAAUCGUGAGAAUACAACAUUUGUUCAAGCUCGAAACAACGGCUGUAUCUUCCACAUUAUUGAUCAGAUGAAGGAGUAAAAGGUAUCUGUGUGAAUCGGGCUCUCUUUGAAGCGAGGGUCACUUUAAUUAAGUAAUUACAAUGACAGUCCCGUUUAAAGAAAUAUUUAAAAUAAUGUUUCCCGUUAAAACCAAUAAUGAUUUUAAAUACUUCACCAUAUUGAUAUCAUAUUUAAAACAUUAUAAUGAAUGCUGUUAUAUUUUAUAUAGAUAACAAUAUUUACACAGAUUUUAAAUGUGAAGAAAAGAUAAUCAAAAUGAAAUUUAUCUAAAAUUAAAUGUUUUUAAAUCAAAUUAGUUGUAGAAUGUAGAACAACUUUUUGCAAUAAACCUGAAGAUUAUAAAAAAGUGACCUGCGGAUUUCUUGUUUCAGAACUAUGAAGGAAAUUUUGUAAAUUAAACACUUUUUCAAACCAAAAAACUAUAUGAUCAAGGAUACCGUUGUGAACUGGACCUCCUUUAAAAUCCCAAUGAAUAUCUCUCUUUAAGUACAGGGUUACCCACAAAGUAUGAGAAUUCAGAGUAGAGUUUCUAGCGAACAAAACUUUUCGCAAAAAUUGCAAACAUUUUCGUUCGUAUUUCGCAAACUUUUCCGCGAAGUGAAAUAUCGUGAAAAUAUUUUCACGAAAAUUUAUUCGUAAAAAUUUGCGACAUUUUAUACUCAAUAUUUUGCUUUUUUUGAUGAAUUUUCGCCAAAAAGUACAAUCUAAAGAGAAUUCUGUAUUUUUUCGUGAAAUUUUCGCUCUCUUUUUUCGCAUAAUUUUUGCAUUAUUUUUUAGCGAAAUUUUCGCUUUUUUCACGAAAAAGACUGAAGCUAAAUUUCGCCAAAAAGCGAAAGUUUUCGCAUAUUUAUCGAUUGAACGAAAUGCAUUUUUUUCGCGAAAAAUGCAAAAUUUUAGCGAAACGAUUUUCGUUUCUCGCUAGAAAACCCUACUUCAGAGACCAUUGUACGAAAUUUACUCUGUCUGUUUUCGUACAUUCACGAUUCCCUGCCACUGUAAACUUUUUUGCUUCUUUGUCAAAUCAUUAAAUAAGAAUAUAUAAAUUAACUCGGGGACUGUCAUAUUUCAUGGGUUUCCGGUCGUCCAUUCAGUCUCAUCACUUGUGGGUAACCCUGUAUCAACCAAAAUUGAUUUAAUAAGAUCAUUUCGCCAUUCUUAAAGAUACAGUACAUUGUCGAUAGUGCUAUACGAUUUUAACGUAUUUACUCAUUUCCCAUGUUUUUUGUAAAUUAUAAAUGAAAAAUGAAAAUAUAUCAAAUGAAAAAUGAAAA